AUGCCAAAAUUAAAAGUAAAACAAACACCAAAACCUCAAGUUCAACAAAUGCCACAAACUCAAGUUCAGCAAUUGCCACAAACUCAAGUUAAACAAAAAAACAAAAACAAACUCAAGUUCAACAAACACCACAAAAUCAAGUUUAACAAUUGCCAAAAACUCAAGUUCAGCAAACACCACAAACUUAAGUUCAACAAACACCUUAAACUGAAGUUCAACAAAUGCCACGAACUCAAGUUCAGCAAACACCACACACUCAAAUUCAACAAAUGCCACAAACUCAAGUAUAACAAAUGCCACAACUUCAAGUUCAACAGUUGCCAAAGACUCAAGUUCAGCAAACACCACAAUCUCAAGUUCAACACACAAACUCAAGUUCAACAAACACCAAAACCUCAAGUUCAACAAAUGCCACAAACUCAAGUUCAGCAAUUGCCACAAACUCAAGUUAAACAAAAAACAAAGACAAACUCAAGUUCAACAAACACCACAAACUCAAGUUCAACAAAAAACAGAACUUAA